GUCACUUCAGGUGACCUACAAUAUAAUCUUCCACCCUCCACUCCGAUAGUCACUCUGCUAAAAUCAAACAUUCAAACCCUAAACUCUCUCUCUCUAACUUCAAAAUUUCGUUCUUCAACACUCGCAGAGAACAAUGUCGCUCCUCGAAAUCGAAGCUCGAGACGUGAUCAAGAUUGUGCUCCAAUUUUGCAAAGAGAAUUCUUUGCACCAAACAUUCCAGACAUUACAGAGUGAGUGCCAGGUUUCUUUGAAUACUGUGGACAGUGUGGAGACGUUUAUUGCUGAUAUUAAUAGCGGGAGGUGGGACGCGAUACUGCCUCAAGUGUCUCAGCUCAAGCUUCCCAGGAAUAAAUUGGAGGAUUUGUAUGAGCAGAUUGUAUUAGAAAUGAUUGAACUUCGAGAAUUGGAUACUGCACGUGCUAUUUUAAGGCAAACUCAGGCAAUGGGUGUCAUGAAGCAAGAGCAGCCUGAAAGAUAUUUGCGACUUGAGCAUCUCCUAGUUAGAACUUACUUUGAUGCGAAUGAGGCUUACCAAGAUUCAACAAAAGAAAAACGGCGUGCACAAAUUGCUCAAGCUCUUGCUGCUGAAGUUACUGUGGUCCCACCUUCACGAUUAAUGGUUCUAAUUGGCCAGGCUCUGAAGUGGCAGCAGAACCAAGGAUUACUUCCUCCAGGAACACAGUUCGACUUAUUUCGAGGAACUGCUGCUAUGAAACAAGAUGUGGAUGACAUGUAUCCAACUACUCUUGCACACACAAUGAAGUUUGGGACAAAAAAUUACCCAGAAUCUGCUCAAUUCUCGCCAGAUGGACAGUUUCUUGUCUCUUGCUCUGUUGAUGGCUUUGUUGAGGUCUGGGAUUACAUCAGUGGGAAGCUCAAGAAGGAUCUUCAGUACCAGGCUGAUGAAAGGUUCAUGAUGCAUGAGGAUCCAGUGUUUUGUGCUGAUUUUAGCAGAGAUUCUGAGAUGCUUGCAACUGGGUCAAAAGAAGGAAAGAUAAAAGUUUGGCGUAUAAGGACUGGCCAAUGCUUGCGUCGUCUUGAACAUGCACAUUCUGGAUGUGUCACAAGUAUUGUCUUCUCUCGAGAUGGAAGCCAGUUACUAAGUACAUCAUUUGACAACACUGCAAGAAUCCAUGGCUUGAAAUCUGGGAAGAUGUUGAAAGAAUUCCGUGGCCAUUCAUCUUGCGUCAAUGAUGCUAUUUUUACAACUGAUGGAAAUCGUGUUAUAACUGCAUCUAGUGAUUGCACAGUAAAGGUCUGGGAUAUGAAGACUACGGACUGUCUGCAAACAUUUAAGCCACCGCCUCCCUUACGGGGAGGUGAUGCUUCUGUGAAUUCUGUUCAUCUUUUCCCCAAAAACACUGAUCACAUUAUUGUAUGUAAUGAGACAUCGUCUAUAUAUAUUAUGACACUUCAAGGGCAGGUUGUAAAGAGCUUCUCAUCUGGUAAAAGAGAAGGUGGAGACUUUGUUGCAUCCUGUGUGUCACCAAAAGGGGACUGGAUUUACUGUGUUGGUGAAGACAGGAAUAUGUACUGUUUCAGCUAUCAAUCUGGUAAACUGGACCAUCUGAUGAAGGUCCAUGAAAAGGGUGUAACUUGCGUCACUCAUCAUCCACACAGGAAUCUUGUUGCUACAUGCAGUCAAGACUGCACUAUGAAAUUGUGGAAGCCUUGAAUCUCCUAUAUCGUGGUUGCUCUAGUGUGCUCUAUUGUAAAUUAACUUUUUUGAGUUUCCUGUGAUUCAUAUAUAUUAUUUAUUUGCGAUUCAUGUGAUGCUACUGCCAAAGACCAUCUGUAAUUGGCAACGGUAACUAGAUGUAAUACUUAUAAAUAAUGACUUAUUUUAUGUACUCCCCAUUUGAGCUA